AUGAGUUUGUUUGAGACUCAUCCUGAUGUCCAAGAUGUCUUCAUGCCGUUCAAAGGUUUGACAAAAGAAGAACUGAGACACAGCAAAGAACUACGUGCACAUGGUUUGAGAGUUAUGGGUUUUGUGCAAAAAGUUGUGGCUCGUUUGGAUGAACCAGCUAAAUCAGAGCAACUGCUUAAAGAACUGGGUCGCAACCAUGUGAUGUACGGAGCAAAAAUCGAUUAUGUGGAUCUGAUUGGACCUCAGUUUGUUUUUGCUGUGAAACCUUCUAUGAAAGAACACUGGUCUGACGAAAUAGAGGAAGCUUGGAUGCAGCUAUUCCGAUUUAUGGCUUACAUCAUGAAGAAGGCUAUGAUCGAAACCACAAAUCCUCCACCAGAUGCAAACCAAGACUCCGUAAAAGAACCAAAUAAAAAAGCAAUCGAGUCAUAAUAAUGUUUGAUGUGCAUUUAUAUUCUGCUUAACUCAAAAGUGUUCAUCGCUUGAUUCCUGGUGGAAUUAGUUUCUAAUUGUUGUCAUAUAAUCAUUUGUAAUGUGAUUUAUCAGUACCUUGGCAAAAGUAAAAGAAAUAACUAUCAUAUUUCGUAACGAACUCAAAUGUUUGUCAAGUCAUAUCAUUCAGUCUAUAACUUCAAAUUAUUUGUUUUAUUUAUUAUUUAACAGGUGCGUAGAAUGUCUUGUGUAUGUAAUGUUCAUCAAAUAAUAAAUGGAAAGUAUCUAAAUAAAAUACUAUGAUAUACA